AUGCUGAGCUUAAGGGACCUGCUCUUGCUUCCGUUGAAGUGAAAGCUGACAUUACUCUCCUCUUGGACUCGUGGAUGAUCAAGAAUCUAAGCACCCCCAACAAACCUCUUUUGCUAGACUUGGUGGCUCUCUUCAGGGCAAGGCUGAGGGGGCCGCUCCCUGUGGUCAACUGGCUCCUCUUCUGCCAUGGAUACUGAGUCAACCUACUCUGAAUAUUCCCACUAUUCAGGACACUCCAAAAAAGCCCAGAGACAAGGGAGCCGAGACAGGCACAGAUCUCCACGGAGUAAAGAUGGCUGCCGCUCAGAGAAGUCUGUCACCAUUCAGGCACCUCCUGCAGAACCGUUGUUGGGGAAUGAUUCUUCUCGGGCAGAAGAAGCUCAGGAUGACAACUGGGGUGAGACCACAACAGCCAUCACAGGUACAUCAGAACACAGCGUCUCCCAGGAGGACAUUCCCAGGCUCACCAAGGACUUGGAGGAUGGUGUUGGCUUAGACUGCAAGCGCUACCUUGUUUUAACUGUGGCUGCUGUCCUGGGACUCCUGGUCUUCCUGACUCCCAUUGCCUUUAUUCUGCUUCCGCAGAUCCUGCGGAGAAGUGAGUUGGAGCCAUGUGGCACAGCUUGCGAAGGACUCUUCAUUUCUGUGGCUUUCAAACUCCUGAUCCUCUUGAUUGGUACCUGGGCUCUUUUCUUUCGUCAGCCCAAGGCUGAUACCCCAAGAGUGUUCGUGUUCCGUGCCUUCAUUUUGGUCCUCAUAUUUCUGCUGAUGUUUUCUUAUUGGCUCUUCUAUGGUGUCCGCAUUCUGGAGUCCAAGGACCUCAAUUACCAAGGGAUUGUUCAGUUUGCUGUGUCCCUGGUGGACGCUCUGCUUUUCAUUCACUAUCUUGCUAUUGUGGUGCUGGAACUGAGACAGCUGCAACCCAUGUUUACGCUCAAGGUUGUUCGAUCGACAGAUGGAGAAUCGCGCUAUUACAGCUUGGGCCAGUUGAGCAUCCAGCGUGCCGCUGUAGUUGUUUUGGAAAAUUACUACAGAGACUUUGCUGUCUACAACCCCAUGUUGUUAACAGCUUCUAAAGCACGAGCAGAGAAGCACAUGGCAGGCCUGAAGGUGUAUAAUGUUGAUGGACCAGAUAACAAUGCUGCGGGGCAGUCCAGGGCUAUGAUUGCUGCUGCAGCCCAUCGCAGGGACUCCAGUCACAAUGAGCUCUAUUAUGAAGAAGCAGACUACGAGCGAAGGGUUAGAAAACGCCGCGCAAGGCUUGUGGUAGCUGUUGAAGAAGCUUUCACCCACAUUAAGCGUCUACAUGCAGAAGAGCAGCAGAAAGCCCCAGGGGAAGUCAUGGACCCCCGAGAGGCAGCUCAAGCCAUCUUCCCAUCUAUGGCCAGGGUGCUACAGAAGUACCUACGGACAACACGGCAACAACACUACCAUACCAUGGAGAGCAUCUUGCAACAUCUGGCCUUCUGUAUUGCCAACAACAUGACACCAAAGGCUUUCCUGGAACGUUACCUCACUCCUGGCCCAACUCUGCAGUACGACAGGGAUCGUUGGUUCUCCAAACAUUGGACGCUCAUUAGUGAGGAGGCUGUUACAAAAGGAUUAAGGGACGGUGUUGUUUUUGUUCUCAAGUGCUUGGACUUCAGCCUGGUCAUUAAUGUGAAGAAAAUCCCUUUCAUCAAACUCUCGGAGGAGUUCUUAGAUCCAAAAUUACACAAGUUUGCCUUUCGCUUACAGUCUGAAACAUCAGUCUAGAUUGAUUUGUGCGGGAGUGA